GAAAGAGAGAUUUCAUUUUUUUCACGAAUUUCUUUGAUUUUGCGAGUCACAAAUCAUAAAGAAUUCGUGGUUUACGCGCGAAAAAGAUAACCAGAAGACAUUGGCAGCAAAGAAUACUUCAGUGGUCAGAAUCGACGUUUGCCAUCUUUCAAAGAUUAAAGGAGAACAUCACAGGGAACAGAUAUCACACAGAAUAUGUAAACACAUGGUGGAAUUACUGUGGAAUAUUUCUUCCGAGUAAGACUGUUAGCGAAAUAUCUCUACUUCUUCACUGUCUGGAAUGUUUUGAAGAUGAUAUGGUAUUCUAAUUAAACUUGGAUGACAAAGGAGUUUGAGGCAUCUUCAGAUAACAGAAGAUUCAGGAAAUAUAAAGGGAAUAAAUAUUUGUUAAUGAAAACAAAAUUUAGUUCGGAAAAAGUAAAAUAUCUGAAUAUUGUGGUAAGAGGAAGAAAAUGAUGGAAAACGAAUUCUGUGAAGGCGGCAGUGUUAAAUGUGAAUCAGACUUUGACAAUAAUGAUUUUCUUGAUGAGAAGCCAAAAGACGGAGGGCAAAAACCCUAUUCUUGUGAUAUAUGUAAAAUGUCAUUCUCCCAGAAAGGUAAACUCAUUGUUCACAAACGUGUUCAUACAGGAGAGAAACCAUUUGACUGUAACGUUUGUGGCAAAUCACUCACUCGUAGCAGUGACUUAACCAAACACAUACGUAUUCAUACAGGAGAGAAGCCAUAUCAUUGCGAUAUCUGUGAUAAAUCAUUCUCUCAACGUGAUCACUUAACUAAACAUAAACGUAUUCAUACGGGAGAAAAGCCAUAUCAGUGUGAUAUCUGUGGUAAAUCAUUCUCCGAAGUAAGUAAUGUUACCACGCACAGAUACACUCACACAGGAGAAAAGCCAUAUCACUGUGAUAUCUGUGGUAAAUCAUUCUCUCAAAAUGAUCACUUAACUAGACACAAACUUGUUCAUACAGGAGAGAAGCCAUUUGACUGUGAGAUCUGUGGUAAAUCAUUCUCUAUAAAAAAUAACUUGGCUAGACACAAACUUACACAUACGGGAGAAAAGCCAUAUCACUGCGAUAUUUGUGGUAAAUCAUUCUCUAUAAAAAAUAACUUGGCCAGGCACCAACGUAUUCAUACAGGAGAGAGGCCAUAUCACUGUGAUAUUUGUAACUCAGCUAAACACAAAUGCAUUCAUACAGAGGAGAAGUCCUAUAACUGCGAUAUCUGUGGUAAAUCAUUCUCUCGAAGUGAUCACUUAGCUAUUCACAAACUUGUUCAUACAGGAGAGAAACCCUAUCACUGUGACAUCUGUGAUAAAUCGUUCUCUCGGAGUGACCACUUGGCUAUUCAUAAACACACUCAUACGGGAGUGAAGCCACACAAGUGUGACAUCUGUGGUAAAUCAUUCUCUCGGAGUGACCACUUAAUAACACACAACGUGUUCAUACAGGAGAGAAACUCUAUCACUGUGAUGUCUGUGAUAAAUCAUUUUCUCUAAAAGGUAGCUUAGACAAACACAAACGCAUUCAUACAGGAGAGGAACCAUAUCCCUAACAUUUGUAGGGAAUCAUAUUCUCGAAAUGAUCAAUUAACUGAACACAAAUCCACUUAUACAGGAGAGAAAUCUCUAUAUAUAUAAACGGCAAAAUGUCUGUCUGUGUGUGUGUGUGUGUGCGCAUGUCCUUUAUGAAAAUCCACAAUUUUUC